UUAAUAUAAAUAUUGCUAGUGCCCUCUGAUGAGUAACAGUAAAACAUGCGCAGUGAAGAUAUCUUAGUUAUCACAUUUAUGUGUUAGUGUUACUAAGGGUUUUGAAGUCUUUUUAUGGUGGUUGUCAGAAGAAGCAGAAAGAAUGAGUUCCAAAGUGAGUCGUGAUACCAUUUAUGAAUGUGUGAAUACUGUUGUGGAGAACUCCAAGAAGAAGCAGAGAAAAUUUGUCGAAACAGUGGAGCUGCAGAUUGCUUUGAAAAAUUACGAUCCCCAGAAAGAUAAACGAUUUUCCGGGACUGUGAAGUUAAAGCACAUCCCAAAACCUAAAUAUUCAGUAUGUGUAUUGGGAGACCAGCAGCAUUGUGAUGAAGCUAAGGCCAAUGCAAUUCCUUGCAUGGACUCGGAGGCUUUAAAGAAAUUAAACAAGAACAAGAAACUUGUUAAAAAGUUAGCAAAAAAGUACGAUGCUUUUCUUGCAUCUGAGUCUCUAAUUAAGCAAAUUCCAAGACUUCUUGGUCCUGGACUGAAUAAAGCUGGCAAGUUUCCAUCACUACUGGCUCAUGGUGAAUCAAUGGUGGCAAAGAUAGAUGAAGUGAAAGCCACAAUCAAAUUCCAGAUGAAAAAGGUGUUGUGUUUGGCAGUUGCUGUUGGUCAUGUGAAAAUGUCUGAUGAUGAACUAGCCCAGAACAUUAACCUUGCAAUAAAUUUCUUGGUUUCACUACUGAAGAAAAAUUGGCAGAAUAUCCGGUCAUUGCACAUUAAGAGCACCAUGGGUCCACCUCAACGCCUCUACUAGGUUUUCUGCCUUUUUCUGUGUAUCUUCACAGUUGAAAAAAUGAAAUAAAAUUGCAAAAGAUUUGUA